CACUGACACGCAUCAACCGGUCAUUAAAUCUGUUCGUCAUUCAGACUCCUCGUCGAACCGGGUUCACUUAGUGUAUUGUUUGGUUGUCGUUUUCGGUUUAUGAUUUUCCUUUUAUUGAGUAGGUUAUCAGCGAAGGUGCCGAGCGUUGUGUACAGGGCCGCAUUGAUCAUGAAGCCGCAGGUUGUGUUCGUGUUGGGCGGGCCUGGAGCGGGGAAAGGGACCCAGUGUGCCAGAAUCGUAGAGAACUACAGUUACACCCACCUGUCUGCCGGAGACCUGCUGAGGGCCGAGCGAAGCCGAGAGGGGUCAGAGUUUGGACAGCUCAUUGACAGUUACAUCAAGGAAGGCAAGAUCGUCCCUGUCGAGAUCACCAUUAACUUACUCAGGAAGGCCAUGGAGGACACCAUGCAGAUAGACGAGAAGAAAUUCCGCUUCCUCAUCGACGGCUUCCCCCGAAACGAAGACAACCUCCAGGGGUGGACCACUGUCAUGGACGGGAAGGCUGACGUCAAAUUUGUGCUUUUCUUUGACUGUAGUAAUGAGGUCUGUAUCAACCGAUGUCUAGAAAGAGGGAAGAGCAGUGGGCGGACCGAUGACAACAGAGCGAGCCUGGAGAAAAGGAUCCAGACCUACCUGCAGUCGACACGGCCCAUCAUCUCACUGUAUGAGAAACAGGGCAAGGUGCGCACCGUGGAUGCCUCGUGCGGUGUGGACGAGGUGUUUGCCGACGUCAAAACCAUCCUGGACAAAGAGGGUUGAAAUUCCGCCAACUGCCAACAACUGUUACAUUCACAGUGAAUACUUAUGGACCCACUCAAACUGGUAAUUCCAACAUUCACAGACAGAAGGUCACACUGUUUCAAGGGUAUAUCGGUGUUUCUCAACUGUUUGCUGACAGGUCCCCAAGACUAAUUUGGCUAGUUUUAAAGUGCUCAAUGUAAUUGUUCCUGACUGAGAUUUUGAUAUCUGUAACUAUAUUUGCAAUCUAUUUUGUGUCCACCACAAGCCUUAUACAAAUGGUUAUUGUUGGUAUAACUAGUUUGCCAUAUCAGACCAAACUUCAACUUUGUUUACAUUACAUGUAUUUAAUUUCAUCCAAGCUUGUUGUCGGCUACCAUGAUCACAAAUGUGCUAAUAUAAUAUAUGCCAUUUAGCAAGCUUU